CAAGCCGUCACAGCCGUCUCCCGUUUGCUCUUUCCGGCUUCAGCCGCUGGGUUCUCUGGAAGUUUCCUUGUGGAGACACCUCAAUCUGAGUCCAUCCUCGGCCGAACCUUGCGGUUUUAGCCACGGGGCUCCAUCAGUCCAGCUCUAAAGACUCUAGGUAACAUUUACCAUUGUGUAUUAAGGAGCGAUGCCCGAAGCUAUGGCGGCACCGAAAGCCUCAAACGGAGGCAGAAACAAAGGAGGGGCGUACGUGGACCGCGACAAACCGGCCCAGAUUCGCUUCAGCAACAUUUCUGCUGCCAAAGCUGUUGCUGACGCCAUCAGAACGAGUCUGGGACCCAAAGGGAUGGACAAGAUGAUCCAGGAUGAGAAAGGUGACGUGACCAUCACCAACGAUGGAGCCACCAUCCUGAAGCAGAUGCAGGUGCUCCACCCUGCAGCCAAGAUGCUGGUGGAGCUGUCCAAAGCCCAGGACAUCGAGGCUGGAGACGGCACCACCUCUGUUGUAGUGAUUGCUGGAGCGCUGCUGGAUGCCUGCUCCAAACUGCUGCAGAAAGGAAUCCACCCCACCAUCAUCUCCGAGUCGUUCCAGAAGGCUGUGGAUAAAGGCGUGGAGGUGCUUACUGACAUGAGCCGGCCAGUAGAGCUGAGCGAUCGCGAGACUCUUCUCAACAGCGCCACCACGUCGCUGUGCUCCAAGGUGGUGUCGCAGUACUCCAGCCUGCUGGCACCAAUGAGCGUGGAUGCCGUCAUGCGGGUCAUCGACCCCGCCACGGCCACUAGCGUCGACCUGCAGGACAUCAAAAUCAUCAAGAAGCUGGGAGGGACCAUCGAUGACUGUGAGCUGGUGGACGGCCUGGUGCUGACCCAGAAGCUGGCCAACACUGGUGUGACCCGUGUAGAGAAGGCAAAGAUUGGCCUCAUCCAGUUCUGUUUGUCCCCUCCCAAAACGGAUAUGGACAACCAGAUCGUGGUGUCGGACUACGCCCAGAUGGACCGCGUUCUGCGGGAGGAGCGGGCUUACAUUCUCAAUCUGGUGAAGCAGGUCAAGAAAGCGGGCUGCAACGUGCUGCUCAUCCAGAAGUCCAUCCUCAGAGAUGCACUAAGCGACCUCGCUCUGCACUUCCUCAACAAAAUGAAGAUCAUGGUGGUGAAGGACAUUGAGAGGGAGGACAUUGAGUUCAUCUGCAAGACUCUCGGCACCAAGCCCAUCGCCCACGUCGAUCACUUCACUCCAGAGAUGCUUGGCACAGCAGAGCUGGCGGAGGAGGUCCACCUAGACGGUUCUGGCAAACUGGUUAAGAUCACCGGCUGCAGCAGCCCCGGGAGAACGGUCAGCAUUGUGGUCCGAGGCUCCAACAAGCUGGUGAUCGAGGAGGCGGAGCGCUCCAUCCACGACGCUCUGUGUGUGAUCCGCUGCCUGGUCAAGAAGAGGGCUCUGAUAGCUGGAGGCGGAGCUCCAGAGAUCGAGCUGGCUGUCCGUCUGGCAGAGUACUCGCGAACCCUGGCUGGGAUGGAGGCCUACUGUGUGCGGGCGUACGCCGACGCCCUGGAGGUGAUCCCCUCCACGCUGGCUGAGAACGCAGGUCUGAACCCCAUCUCCACGGUGACGGAGCUCAGGAACAGACAUGCACAUGGAGACAAGAUGGCCGGCAUCAACGUCCGCAAGGGAGGAAUCUCCAACAUCCUGGAGGAGCUGGUGGUGCAGCCUCUCCUGGUGUCCAUCAGUGCUCUGACCCUAGCUACAGAGACGGUCCGCAGCAUCCUCAAGAUCGAUGAUGUGGUGAACGUCCGAUAGGUCUGUUCAGAGGAGUCUGCUGUUUCUGCGAGGGAUCAGGCGGCACCACUCAGCUCACACUUCCACUGUAGUUGUUACUUAGCAUCGUUCAAUAAAAAGACUUGAUGUUUGACGCUCCA